AUGCCAAACGUUCCAUUAGCCGACCCACACUUCAACAUUCCGAGCAUGAUCGACAUCAUAAUUGGCGGAGAGUGCUACCACGAAAUCCACACCGGUAGUCGCUUAUCCAUCGGUGACGGUCUUCCGCUGCUAGUCGACACACGUUUCGGAUGGACAGUUUCGGGCAAAACAACCACCAAUCCCACAGUAGCACCGCCAGUUUGUUAUCUCUCGACCGUCGACCGUUCUCUGGAGUCAUCGCUUCAACGUUUCUGGGAACUUGAAGCAGUCGAUCAAAGCCCGAUAUACUCGGAAGAAGAGAAGCAAUGCGAGGAGUUUUACGCAACCACCACCACUCGAACUCAUGACGGAAGGUACGUCGUUCGCCUUCCCCGGUCCGACAAUCCGCAAGUCACCCUUGGCCAAUCUCGACAAAUCGCCACCCGUCGCUUCUACAGCCUUGAGCGACGCCUUGAACGAGAUACCGCCUUGAAGAGCUCCUACCAUAAUUUCAUCGAGGAAUACCUCCGCCUGGGACACAUGCGCAAGCUAGAUUUUGUCGACGACGAUUCUCCACAUUGUUACCUUCCACACCAUCCGGUAGUCAAAGAGAGUAGCACCACCACGAAGCUUCGAGUGGUAUUCGACGCCUCCUGUAAGACCUCCUCCGGAAUGUCGCUCAACGAUACACUGCUCGUUGGACCAGUCGUUCAACAGAAUCUCGACUCCAUCAUUAUCCGCUUUCGCUUCCACGCUAUUGCCAUUGUCGCUGACGUCGAGAAAAUGUAUCGUCAAAUACUACAUUCUCCUGUUGAUCAACGCUUCCUACGUAUACUAUUCCGCCGACAGCCGUCGGACCCUCUCGAUACCUACGAACUUCUUACAGUUACGUAUGGAACGGCUUCGGCACCCUUCUUGGCAACGCGCACUUUACAACAAUUAGCAAGAGACGAAGGAGAAAGCUCCCCGAAAGCCGUAGAAGCAGUCGUCGAAGAUUUUUAUGUGGACGAUCUACUUACUGGAGAAGACAAUCUGGCCUCUGCUGUAGAAAAGCGUCGUCAGAUAUCCACCAUGCUCGAGUCGGCCGGUUUCUCGCUGAAGAAGUGGGCUUCGAACGUUCCGGAAGCAUUAGCCGAUGUUUCACCUGAAGACCGUGCUAUCAAGCCCGUCCACGAACUUCAAGACGAUCAAUCCGUAACGACCCUUGGAUUGGUAUGGGAUACGAAGAACGAUAUCCUUAGAUUCAACGUUGACCUUCCGCUACCAGCGUCUGUUCUCACGAAGAGAAAGGUGAUAUCAUACAUCGCUAAGAUUUUUGAUCCGUUAGGCCUCGUUGGUCCCGUAAUAGCCACAGCGAAGAUAUUUAUGCAGCGCUUGUGGAAACUCAAGAACGAAGAUAACUCUCCCUAUGAGUGGGAUCGUCCGUUGCCUGAAAGGCUGCAAAAGGAAUGGAAGCAGUUCCAUGCUACGCUUUCCAUUCUGGCCGAAAUUAAGAUUCCACGCUUUGUAUCUUCUCCUGGCGUUUCUGUGGUACAGCUGCAUUUUUUCUCUGAUGCUUCGGACGUCGCCUACGGAGCUUGCUGUUAUGUCCGCACACUGGAUACCGAUCACGUCAGGGUUAGUCUUUUAACAUCAAAAUCAAGGGUUGCUCCUCUCGCCACGAAGCACACUACAGCACGACUUGAGCUUUGUGCUGCCGUAUUGUCCACCAAGUUGUAUCGGAAAGUUGAACAAUCGAUCAAAACGCCUAGUCACGUCUUCUUCUGGACAGACUCAACCACGGUGAUUCAAUGGUUACAAUCUCCACCAAGCCGGUGGAAAACAUUCGUUGCGAAUCGUGUCUCCACCAUACAAUCUGCCACCGAAAUUUCCCUUUGGAGGCACGUUCCAGGAAAUGAAAACCCGGCUGAUGAACUUUCCCGUGGCAUGCUGCCUACGGACCUCAGCAAUCAGGCCAGAUGGUGGAGCGGUCCUCCAUGGUUAUCAGAAUUUCCCAGCCGUUGGCCUUCACCUGGUCUAGAUGUACCCCAAACAGAAUUCACCACGCAAGAAGCCCGUACGGUUACACUCACCACAUCCAUUGCUCCCAAUGAUCAAUUAGCAGAUCAAUUGUUUGCACGUUUUUCAAGCUACACCAAACUCCGUCGUGUUGUAGCGUAUUGCUUGAAGUACAUCGAUGCCCUGCGUGCAAAAAUACAAGGAAUAACAAAAACGACCACCAACGUGCUCCUGACGACUGAUCUAGAAGCCGCUGAUUGUACACUUGCUCGCCUUGCCCAGGCACAGCUCUACUCGGAAGAGUUAUCAUCCAACGACCAAACCAUAAAAUCGUCCCCACUCAAGUUUUUGAAGCCUCUCCUCGAUGAUAAUGGAAUCCUCCGUGUAGGCGGACGCCUUUCGAAUGCUGAGAUUCCGGAGAACAUAAAGCAUCCAGUCAUCUUAUCUGCAAAGCAUCCACUGUCACUAUUACUUGCCGAACAUUACCACAAGGUUUUAUUACAUGCCGGGCCACAAUUAAUGAUGGCUACAAUGCGCCAGAAGUACUGGGUAAUCGGUGGGAGGAAUCUUCUUCGCCAUACGUAUCACCGCUGCGUGAAAUGUUUUCGAAACAAGCCGGCCUUGAUCCAGCAGAGCACUGCAGAUCUUCCCAAGUCUCGUGUCACCCCGGCACGGCCAUUCGCUAUCUCAGGAAUAGACUACUGUGGGCCAAUUUACGUCAAAUCACCGGUGCGGAAUCGAGGGCCAAACAAGGCAUAUAUUGGCAUAUUCGUUUGUUUUGCUACAAAGGCUGUUCACAUUGAGUUGAUCACUGAUCUAUCCACGCAGGCCUUUCUAUCGGCUCUCCGCCGGUUCGUCGCUCGCCGCGGUCUUGUUAGGGAGCUUCACUCGGACAAUGGAACCGCAUUCAAAGGAGCAUCCAACGUCCUCCAUCGAAUAUAUGAGAUGCUAAAAUCCAACCAUGACGACCGAAACCAAAUUCAAACCUGGUGCGCCGAAAAUCAAAUUCAGUGGAAAUUCAUCCCACCCCGCGCCGCACACUUUGGGGGCUUAUGGGAAGCUGCGGUCAAGUCUGCAAAGCAUCACCUUCUUCGUGAAGUCGGUAACACUAAUCUGUGUUACGAGGAUAUGAUCACUCUAUUGGCCCAGAUAGAAAUGUGUUUAAACUCAAGGCCAUUGACUCCAAUUCCGUCAGACCCUGAUGGCCUGGAUGUACUGACACCUGGCCAUUUUUGGUUGGCUCCAAUUUGCAAACUGUUCCGGAGCCAAGCUACAUCAACACUCCAGACAACCGUCUUGACCACUGGAAGCUCACUCAAAAGUUGUUCCAAAACAUUUGGGCUCGGUGGUAUCCGGAGUACCUUGCUCAACUUCAGUCACGAGCAACAAAGGGUUGCAAGUCACCGGUCCUGGUCCAGUUAA